AUGUCUUCGUCGCAGCCCUUUGUGCCCUCAUCGCCCCUCACCCGCGCCGGUGCCAGGAAGAAGUCGCAGUUCACGUACAAGCACCUCCAUCUCCUCAGCCAAUCGUCCACGUCUUGUCCCUUGAGGUGCAUCGCACUGAUCGACUACGAUGCCUUCUAUGCGCAGUGUGAGAUGGUGAGACUGGGCGUGGUCGAGACCCAACCACUGGCCGUCCAACAGUGGCAAGGUCUCAUCGCCAUCAACUAUCCCGCCCGGGAAUUCGGCUUGAACAGACACGUCACCGUCGCCGAGGCAAAAUCAAAGUGUCCGCAGAUUGUGAUCCAGCACGUUGCGACAUGGCGUGAAGGCGACGACAAGUGGGCGUACCGGGACGAUGCUGCAAAGCACAUCCAGACGGACAAGGUGUCGCUAGACCCGUAUCGUCUGGAGUCGAGGAAGAGUUUGGCCCUCGUCAAGGAGAUCCUCCCCCCGCCGCCGAUACAGCGCGUCGAGAAAGCCAGCAUUGACGAGGUCUUUCUCGACCUAUCGGCUCAAAUCCACCAGAUCUUGCUGGAAAGGUAUCCGGAACUUCAGUACGUGCCCUAUGACGAUCCGACAGAGAACUUGCCCCUGCCACCCUCAACGGCUCUGAAUUGGGAGGCAGAUGCUCUGGUGGACCUCGAUUCCACAGAGACGGAAGACGACGACCCUGAUUGGGACGAUGUGGUCAUGAACAUUGGCUCUGAGAUCGUCCGGGGUGUGCGGAAGACGAUUCGCGAGAAGCUGAAGUACACCUGCUCAGCCGGUAUUGCGCGUAACAAGAUGAUGGCCAAGCUUGGAGCUGGAUAUAAAAAGCCCAAUCAGCAAACUAUUGUCCGCAAUCGGGCGGUCCAGCACUUCUUGUCCGGGUUCAAAUUUACAAAGAUACGCAAUCUGGGGGGCAAACUCGGGGACCAUAUUGUCGACACCUUCAACACGGACGAUGUCACGGACCUCCUCACGAUUCCCCUCGAACAACUCAAGGCCAAGUUGGGCGACGACACGGGAACGUGGCUUUAUGGAACGAUUCGUGGUGAGGACAACAGCGAAGUCAGUUCGCGGACGCAGAUCAAAUCAAUGCUAUCUGCUAAAUCUUUCAGACCGUCUAUCAACACAACGGAGCAGGCUAAUAAAUGGCUAAGGAUUUUUGUAGCAGACAUCUAUGCUCGCUUGGUCGAGGAAGGCGUGCUCGAGCACAAGAGAAGACCCAAGACCAUCACCCUACACCACCGGCAAGGCGGACAGACCAGGUCAAAACAACUACCGAUACCAGGAGGCAAGAAGAUCGACGAGAUGAUGCUGUUUGAACUUGCCAAAACCUUGCUUGGACAAGUCAUUGUGGACGGGAGAGCCUGGCCGUGCGCAAAUCUAUCGCUUAGUGUGGGUGGCUUCGAAGAAGGUGUGUCGGGUAAUAAAGGCAUCGACACGUUCCUGCUGAAGGGAGAUGAAGCCAGGGUUGCAAUGGAUGUCCCACCACGAAGCAACACCGCAACACCGGAUGUCGAUGAAGGCCGGCCUGAGAAGCGGCGAAGAUUGAACGAAGGUCGGCCUAGCAUUGCCCGCUUCUUUUCCAAGGGCGAGAGCACCGAGGAAGGCGAAGACGGGCCCGAAGCUGGCCCUCAGGAACGGGAUUCCAGCGGACAAGCUGGUAGUGAAGGGAUGCCACACCGAGAAAACAGCCAUCCUCCACCUCAAUUGCACCAACAAAACAUCGCCACCUACUUCUGUCAGACGUGCCAGAAGUCAAUCAAUGAAACCGACCGAGGCGAGCAUGAAGACUGGCAUUUCGCCAGAGAACUUCAAGCCCAAGACGCGCCCUCUGUGACGGGCCCGACGAAUAGUCGCCCUCCUGGUCAGACCAACGCCAAAUCGAAGCGUGGUGGUGCGAGUAAUUCUCGAGGGCGAGGCUCAAAGGUCGAGAAAGGUCAGAGUCGCCUUGCUUUUGGAUAG